GAGAGAGGACUGAUAAACGGAGCUGUCGGUACCGGAUUUGAUACCAGGAGAAGGGAGGGAAGCUACGGUGAUUUCCUUCUUUGCUCUCCCGACACCUAGCACCACCAUCACCACUCCUCUCCAUCACUUCAACCUCGGAACCUUACCAAGACGCACUACAGCUCUGUCUGUCAUCUUCUUCUCAUCUUUAAACCCUCUUGAUUGGUUUAAUAUUUUCCCUCUGCGCUCCAGCGGAUAAAAAAAAAAUAGGAGAAAGAACAUUUUGGGUUUGUUUGUUUUUUUGACCCCCUCUUCUCCAAGCGCACACAAACAGAACAACUGGGUUUUCAAUCAGUGGAUGUGUUGGACAUUUGAUAACAGAAGCAAUACUUGUUGAGAGAAGUGAUCGUAUGUAUUGGGGGAAUUUCCUUGGAGAGACGGGCUGCGCACGGAGUCUCACUUCUAAGGAUCUGUGUCGCCGUGCAGAGGAGGAAACCAUCAACGUGUCCGACACCAGUAAUGAGCUAAAGGCUCCGUGAUCAGAGGAGAGAACAAGAGGAGAAGAAAGGCAGUGAGGUGAACGCUGGUGAUGAGUAUCCACUCCAACAGGCCCCUUCUCAGCUAAUGAACUAGGAAGUUCAUCAACAACAUUUCGUUAGCAAAAACAGGAUAUCGCCUCAGUGGGAGCGGCGCUCCACUGAGAGGAACCAGAAAGUAGGGGGAGGCGUGAAGUGCACAGUUGCUCAAGUCGGGCACGGGUGCGAUCCUGACGAUGAAGCGGCAAGGCCUUGGACCGCUGAGGGCCUUCCUGGUGCUGGUGGGAAUCUCUGCCCUCUGUAGCGUUGCAUUAGGAACCCGGAAAGAAAAUGCUUCUCUAGAUCAGAGAGGCCACAGACACAGACAUCCAGGUCACUUGUCGCUGCAUAGACACAGACAGAGGGCGGGGAAGGAGGGGCAGGUACUGCACAGGUCCAAACGAGGAUGGGUCUGGAAUCAGUUCUUCGUCAUUGAGGAGUACACUGGGCCUGACCCGGUUCUGGUGGGCAGGCUCCACUCAGACGUAGACUCAGGCGUUGGCAACAUCAAGUACAUCCUGUCCGGCGAAGGUGCGGGAACAAUCUUUGUUAUUGAUGACAAGACGGGCAACAUCCACGCCACGAAAACCCUGGACCGCGAGGAGCAGGCCCAGUACACUUUAACGGCACAGGCUGUGAACAGAGACACUAACAAGCCCCUGGAGCCACCAUCAGAGUUCAUAGUGAAAGUUCAGGACAUCAACGACAACCCCCCUCUGUUUCUACAUGGGCCGUACUAUGCCAGGGUGCCUGAGAUGUCCAAUGUUGGUACGUCGGUGAUGCAGGUGACCGCUUCAGAUGCUGAUGACCCCACCUACGGUAACAGUGCCAGGCUGGUGUACAGCAUACUGCAAGGACAACCGUAUUUCUCUGUGGAGCCUCAGACAGGUAUAAUUCGCACAGCAUUGCCGAACAUGGAUCGCGAGGCCCGUCAGGAGUAUGAUGUCGUCAUCCAGGCCAAAGACAUGGGCGGGCACAUGGGUGGGCUGUCGGGGACCACCGAGGUCAAGAUCACCCUCACAGACGUCAACGACAACCCUCCAAAGUUCCCUCAGAGCGUGUACUCCAUGUCUGUAUCAGAGGACAAAGUGCCAGGAGAGGAGGUGGGCCGUCUCAAGGCCAAAGACCCUGACCUCGGGAGCAACGGGAUGGUGAACUACCGCUUGAUAGACGGAGACGGACUGAACAUGUUUGAGAUGAGCACUGACUCUGAGACCAGAGAGGCUGUUAUUAAACUGAAGAAGCCAGUGGACUUUGAGACUAAAAGGUCGUACACGUUGAAGGUGGAAGGAUCCAACCCUCAUCUCGACCCUCAAUACCUCGCAUGGGGGCCGUAUAAGGACGAAGCAACAAUAAAGAUAUCAGUGGAGGAUGCAGAUGAGCCUCCUGCGUUCGUAGCUCCCAGUUACACUUUUGAGGUAGAAGAGAACGCGCCUGAAGGCUCCCUGGUGGGACGAGUCCACGCCAAGGACACUGACGUUGCCAACAACCCCGUCAGGUACAUGAUCCCGCUGUACACAGAUAUCGAGCAGUUCUUCAGCAUAAACGCAGAAGACGGGAUGAUCACCACAACCAGACCGCUGGACAGAGAAGCUCAGGCCUGGCACAAUAUCUCUGUGUCGGCCACAGAGAUAGGAGGACACCACCAGGACACCAAAGUGCGUGUUAACAUCAAAGUGAAAGAUGUGAAUGACAACCCUCCAGAAUUUGCCACCAACAAUGAAGUCCUCAUGUGUGAAACUGUCUCGCCAGGGAAGGUUAUUGAAAUAGUAAGUGCAGUGGACAAAGACGUGAUGGCUCACAGACAACACUUCACAUUCAGCCUCGCUCCAGAAGUCAUCCACAACCAGAACUUCUCCGUCAAAGACAACAUGGACAGCACAGCCAGUAUCUACGUGCUCCGCAGAGAAUUCAGCCGCCUGGCGCAGGAUAUUUACUACCUUCCCAUCGAAAUAAACGACAACGGUUUCCCCUCUAUGAGCAGCACCAACACGCUGACCAUCAGAGUGUGUUCCUGCGACAGCAGAGACACCAUCCUCUCCUGUAACGUGGAGCCUUACGUCCUUCCUGCUGGUCUCAGCACCGGAGCGCUGAUAGCUAUCCUGGCCUGCAUUGUCAUUCUUCUGGCGAUAGUGGUGUUGUUUGUGGCACUGAGGCGUCAGAAGAAGGAGCCAUUGAUCGUGUUUGAGGAGGAGGACAUCAGGGAGAAUAUUAUCACUUACGAUGACGAGGGAGGUGGUGAGGAGGACACGGAGGCUUUCGACAUCGCUACACUGCAGAACCCAGACGGUGCCAACGGUUUCCUGCCAAGAAAGGACAUCAAACCAGAGCUUCAAUUUCCCCUCAGGCCCGGGGCUGGCCAUACUGCAGCGAACAGCGUUGAUGUUGAUGACUUCAUCAAAAGUCGAAUUGCAGAGGCUGACUGCGACCCGACCGCACCUCCUUACGACUCCAUUCAGAUCUACGGAUAUGAAGGCAGAGGAUCAUUGGCUGGGUCAUUGAGUUCCCUCGAGUCCGUCACAACAGAGUCCGACUUGGAUUAUGACUAUCUGCAGAGUUGGGGGCCGAGGUUUAAGAAGCUGGCAGAUUUGUACGGGACCAAAGACUGCUUCAUUAACGAUGAGGAUGAAGAUGACUCUUAACAGUGGUCUUACUCAGUGGACGCCCCGGAUUUCUGAUUUAUUGAUUCCAUGAGGAUUUGUUAACUGAGGGUUAACACUCCCCAGUACCCACUUGUUACCAACUACCACCUGAUCAGUUCAUGCCAAUGUGUCAACGGACGUUAACAGCUCUCCCUUCCACGGCGCCUCCAUGGUCCUCCAAGACGAUCUUUAAUGAACACGUAAUGAACGCUUGGACUCCGCUACCACAUUCCCACCCCAAAUGUCUCGUUUCCCCACCUACAGUAUGUCUCUUUCCCUUUCUCUUUCUACAGACUUGAGCUUCGCAGCGCUGGGAGAUUUGUUAUGUCACCGGUUUGUCAGUUUGAAAGUGAAAAUGUUGCUGUGUGAUCAAAAUGACUUGCUUAUAGCUAACUGUUUAGUUUCUUAGAGGUUCUGUAUACUUUUCUGGACUAGAUUGACGUACUUCCUGGAUGGUUCCUGAGCGGGGGUGUAUUUCCCUGAGUUGCUAAUACAAGAAAGAGUUAGUAUGGGUGGGAUCCAGCAACUGCCUGAUGUUAUGAAAGAGAAAUAAAAGGAAAUGAAUAUGUGUCGGUGGGGUCAAGCAGUUGAAACAAAAAUGCUUUUGUCGUUGUGUGUGCAGAAUUCAGCAGGUACUGUGGUUUAGAUAGCGUGACAGACUCGGGGUUGUUGAUACUUUGAAGACGCUGGCAGUAUCUUCACAGUAUGGUGGCCUUAUAAUAAAUAAACAACAACUCCAGGGGUAAACACAAGAGAGUAACAAUAGAGACCGCUGGCUUCAGUAGCUACGCACAGACACAUGAACUCACAAGGACGGUCUGUGAAAACGCUACACAAAUACCUUUUUUCUACUCAACAUGGAUUCAAUUGAAAAACUGUGGGCGAUUCUUCGUUUUCAUUCUUCACUGCAGAGAAGACGUGAAAAGAAAAGCUGCCCUCCUCCUCCACGCCCUCGUGUCCUCCAUCCCUCUCAUCAACUUCCGAUACCGAGUCCACCAAUGAAUGAUCACUUCCUCAUUCAGAGUCCACCAACGAUGAUCAAUCACGAUGAGUAAAAACCUGUGAGCUCUAAAAAUCGCCUUAAACUUAACGGACACUCUUGCAACGCAGUGCAUUCUUUCUUUUUCGUUCUCUCCUUUUUGUUUCUUUUUGUAACUUGAAAAGUAUAUUCAGAAAGCAAACUAUUCUCCACGUUAUCGGUGUGUACAGAGCAAUGUGCAGACAUGUGAUAUAUCACUUUGAGGAUCCUACUCGCUCCUCGCGCACUCUUAAAAUAGGAUGGGCCGUUUCUGCCAGCGCGGUAAAUGUAGACCGGGAAAAUGUGCAUUGUGUUUUUUCCCCCAACACCAGCUAUGUUGGCAGCAACACCUGUUGUAUCAACAAGUGUUGCUAUUUAAACAUAAAAUGUGCACACUGGAAAAUAACACAAGGUGUGUUUUCUGAGCCACAUAUACAGAGAGGCUGAAACCAGAACAUCCUUUUUAAAGCGUGUCGGUUCUUGUUCAAUCUCUUUUUUAAUGUUAUUAUAUUCUGAUUAUUAUUGUUGAUUUUGUAUUAUUAUUAUUAUUAUUAUUAUUAUUAUCAUCAUCAUUAUUAUGACAAUAAUUGUUCUUUCUUUGCAGCUACACAGGAACAAAUGUGUGUUUAACUCUUUGCAAAGGUUUCCUUAUGGAGCGACGACAAAGUGUUCGAUGUUGUCGUCCAGAAGAAACCUUCUGCUAAAAAGUUAAAUAUCAACUUUGGUUCAUUCCCGUGUGAAAACAAGGUCUCUCGUUUCUUUAGUUUCUUUCUUUUCUUCAUUAUUUGUCUUAGUUCUUUCUCCCUGUUCAAGAGGAAAGCUGUGUUUGUUGCAGUGAGAGAGCGCCUCGUUUUUAUUCUCUGUCAAGUUUUAUGGUACCGAUUUGUACAAUUUUAAAAGUUCUUAUUUUAGUAUACAUGCAGAAUAUUCCAGUAUUACAACAAAAAACAUGUUAAGAAGAUAAGAUUUAAAAAAAAUGUUACAGCAUCACACUUAUAUUUUCUGAACAUUGUAAUGUUGCUUUACUAUGUGCUUCAAUCUCCGAAGCGAAAAAAAAACUUUGAAAUAAAUGCUCUUUUUAUAAAAUGAUA